UUUUUUACUGUUGUUUUCAGACUUUUGAAUACUCAACAUAGGAUGGCCAUUAUAGCAGAAAUGAUUCACACUGCCAGUCUGGUACACGACGAUGUCAUUGACACAUCUGAUACUCGAAGAGGCAAAUCAAGCGUUAAUGUAUUAUGGGGCCAAAAAAAGGCAAUACUAGCUGGGGACUUCAUAUUAGCUCAAGCUGCCAGAAUACUCGCUCAGUUAGGAAAUGAAGAUGUUGUCCAUCUUUUAGCUCAGGUACUUCUAGAUCUCGUUCAGGGAGAGUUUAUGCAAAUGAACUGUUCAGAAGAAGAAUCUGAAAGGUUUACUCACUAUCUCCAAAAAACUUUCAAAAAGACAGCCAGUCUGACUGCAUACACCUGUAAAGCAGCUGCUGUACUUGGUGGAGCUGAUCAGACACUUCAAGAGACAGCUUUCCAGUAUGGAAGAAAUGUUGGGAUUGCAUUUCAGCUAAUUGAUGACUUACUCGACUUUAUCUCCAGCCAAUCAGAAAUGGGUAAACCUACAACAGCCGACUUGAGGCUAGGUUUAGCUACUGCUCCUGUGUUAUUUGCAAGCCAAAAGUAUCCUGAAUUAAAGCCAUUGAUUCAAAGAAGGUUUUCAAAGCUGGGUGAUGUUGAAAAAGCCUAUGAAGCUGUUAUUAACAGUGAUGGACUGAAUCACACGAGACUGCUGGCAAGGAAGCACUGCAAUGAAGCACUCAGUCACAUCUCCAUAUUGGCAGACUCUACUGAGAAGAGGGCACUGAUUUCUGUCAUCGAGAAAGUGCUCGAGAGGAGCAAAUGACCAUCCUUUCACACUAUAUAUGCAAAUAAUAACUAUAUUUUUAUUGAUGAUAAUUCCUGAAAUACUUUUAAAGACUGUGUUUAAAAGUUUUCUAUUCUAAACACUAAAAGUGUUAUAAAUAAUUCGUUAACAACUUCUUUAAUUUAAUGUUAUGAAAAAUUUAUCAAAAUGUGUUUUUUUUUUAAAAAAAUCAGUAAUUAAAUGUAUCAAAUAUUAUUUUUUUUCUAAAAAUUAAAAUAUCUCAGCACAAAAAUUUGUUAUAGAUUUCUUAGCAAAAAUAUUAAAUAAAUGGGUGCUAAUUUGUAAAAAAUGACGUUAAGGAACAAAUGUAAUUAUAUUAAACAAAAACAAUUACAUUUGAGUCGACAGUUGUAAAAGUGAAUCUUAAGAUUUACCAAAAUUUUUUUUUACUAUAGUUCUUGAAAAUUGAAUAUAUGAUCUGUUUGUUACUUGACCAUUGUUGACUGAAAGAAUUUAGAUUUCAGAGAAAAUAUAUAAAUCAUCAUAAAAUCAAUCUUUCCUUAUAACAAAACUUUUAUUUUGCAAUGUUUUCCAAUUUUUAUUCAUCAAGCAUAUUUUUAUAAAAACUCCAUUAGAAUCGUAAUAAAAUUAACGCAUUGAAAAUCUAAAUGAUCUAUCACUUUUGAUUAUGUGAAUAAGCAUAAAUUUCUUGACUUGAAAUUUUUUUUUCUUACAUAUAUUAAUGUUUUUAUUGUAAAAAAUAAAUAAAAAUAUAUGAAAUUGUUCUUUUGUAAAUAAGGGGUAUAGUUUUUUUAUAAAUAAAAUUAUUUAUUGU